UAUGACUGGAAAAAAUCUGGUAUUGAAGAAUGGGGUUCAGAAAGGCUUAGCUGGGACAGAGAUGGUCGGAGGAUGAAGAAUGUGGAGUGAAUGAGAAUACCCGUCAUGAUGAAGAGGAGUCUUUGUUUUUUAAAUAGAGAUUUCGCGUGGAACGUCAACUUCCCCACCUACAAACAAGUGUGGUUUUCGCCACUUCCCCGAACUAGUGCCAUUCGCUGGAUCUACAAAUUCAUUUGAAAUCUCCAAGCUCAAAGAUCAAGAAGAAGAAGAAGAAGAAGAAGAAGAAGAACAGCUAGCUUGUUCCAAGCCAAACAAAGGAUGGGAAGUGAAGAAAAGAAGAAUUCUCUGCAAGUUUUUUGCAUAGGAACGGCUGAUACAAAGCUCGAAGAGAUCCGAUUCCUUGCGGAGUCCGUUCGAUCCCGUCUCCGCUCCUUUUCCAAUUCUUCUUCCUCCCAGGUGCAAGUGACGGUUAUUGAUGUUUCAGCCGGUCCGAAGGAGAUUGAGAGCUGUGGGGAUUUCAAAUUUGUGCCAAGAAAAGAUGUCCUCUCUUGCUAUUCAAUGUUUGGGGGCCAAUUUUCCAUCAAGCUUCCUGAUGAUAGAGGCAGAGCCGUUACAAUAAUGAAUAAAGCACUAGAAAAUUUUCUAAAGAAAGCUCAUGCUGAUGGUGUUCUUGCUGGAGUUAUUGGGCUGGGAGGCAGUGGAGGAACGUCUUUAUUAUCAUCAGCUUUCAGGUCUCUUCCAAUUGGAAUACCCAAGCUCAUUGUAUCGACUGUGGCCAGCGGUCAAACUGAACCUUAUGUUGGGACGUCGGAUUUGAUAUUGUUUCCAUCCCUGGUUGAUAUUUGUGGCAUUAACAAAGUGAGUAGGGUUGUGUUUUCUAAUGCCAGUGCUGCUUUUUCUGGAAUGGUGAUUGGAAGGGUUGAGAUAUCUAAAGAGUCUCCACGUGAUAAUGAAAAGUAUACAGUUGGUCUAACAAUGUUCGGGGUUACAACUCCAUGUGUAAAUGCCAUCAAAGAAAGGUUGAUUGAAGAAGGAUUUGAGACCCUGGUUUUUCAUGCCACUGGAGUAGGGGGCAGGGCUAUGGAGGACCUUGUUAGAGAAGGUUUUAUACAGGGUGUUUUGGACAUCACUACAACAGAGGUCGCAGACCACGUAGUUGGAGGUGUCAUGGCCUGCGAUGGUAACCGCUUUGAUGCCAUAACAGAGAAGAAGAUCCCUUUAGUUCUGAGUGUGGGAGCCUUGGAUAUGGUGAAUUUUGGUGCCAAAGUUACCAUACCUUCAAAAUUUCAGCAAAGAAAGAUUCAUGAGCACAAUGAGCAGGUUUCACUGAUGCGGACUACAGUAGACGAAAACAGGAAAAUUGCUGGCUUUAUAGCAGACAAAUUGAACAACUCAUCAUCAAAGAUUCAUGUUUGCCUGCCAGAAAAAGGUGUUUCUGCUUUGGAUGCACCAGGAAAGCCCUUUUAUGAUCCUGAGGCUACUGGUAGUCUUUUAGAUGAACUACAGAAGCUUAUUGAGAUCACUGAAGAUCGGCAGGUUAAAGUGUAUCCUUAUCAUAUUAAUGACACUGAGUUCGCCAAUGCAUUGGUCGACUCUUUCUUAGAGAUUUUUAAGAGUUGUGAAGACACCAGUAAUAAUCAAGCUAUUUGUCAACCCAAUCAAGCUCUUCAAGAAGAUAAUUCUGCUUCCAGGAUAAACUCUGGUAAUGGGGCCAUCUCUUACAUCCUGAGUGACUUCCCUGAUGCGAAACCAGAAACCUUAAAAAGAACACAAGUGAUACUGCAGCAAUUGAAGGAUCAAAUAAGUGAGGGGAAACCCAUUAUAGGGGCUGGUGCAGGGACGGGCAUAUCUGCAAAGUUUGAGGAAGCUGGUGGUGUGGAUCUGAUUGUCUUAUACAACUCAGGGCGCUUUCGGAUGGCAGGAAGGGGUUCCUUAGCUGGUUUGUUGCCCUUUGCUGAUGCAAAUGCAGUAGUAUUGGACAUGGCUAAUGAAGUGUUACCUGUGGUGAAAAAAGUGCCGGUUCUUGCUGGAGUUUGUGCAACUGAUCCUUUUCGCAGGAUGGAUUACUUCCUGAAGCAGGUGGAGUCCAUUGGAUUCUCUGGGGUGCAAAACUUUCCAACUGUUGGGCUCUUUGAUGGUAAUUUUAGGCAAAAUCUGGAAGAGACAGGAAUGGGUUUUGGCUCAGAGGUAGAGAUGAUCAGAGAAGCACAUAAAAUAGGUCUAUUGACGACCCCCUAUGCGUUCAACAAAGAUGAAGCUGUUGAAAUGGCUAAAGCUGGUGCUGAUGUUAUAGUUGCCCAUAUGGGGCUCACAACUUCUGGUUCAAUUGGUGCAAAAACAGCUGUCUCAAUGGAGGAAAGUGUAGUUCGUGUACAAGCUAUCGCAGAUGCUGCACAUAGAAUCAAUCCUAAUGCUAUUAUUCUCUGCCAUGGAGGUCCUAUAUCUGGUCCUAAAGAGGCAGAAUUUGUACUAAAGAGAACCAAGGGAGUUCAUGGGUUUUAUGGUGCAUCUAGUUUGGAGAGGCUGCCAGUUGAACAAGCUAUAACAACCACUGUUCAGCAGUACAAAUCAAUUUCUAUGAAGUGAAACUCAAAUUUUCUUGCUACUGUCGAACAGUACAAAUCAAUUUCUAUGAAAUGCCGUUCAUGGAUAGACAUACAUUCCAUUUUUCCAGGUUUUGUUCAACUUUGUUCCAGCUGUUUUAACUGGAACUAAAGUCUAUACUGAGAUCAAAUUUUUUUUUUGGUUGGAGCCGAGAUCAGUUGUUUGGUGUGUACAAUAUCAAUAAAAUGAUUAUCGGGUGAAUGAAUU